AUGCCAAAGAAGAUAGAUCACGGCCCUCCGACACGACAGUCUACCCGCCUCUCUCAACAGAAAGACAUCAACGAAUGGACGCCAGGAGAAACGAGUCCCAAGACCGAAGAGUUAGACAAAGACGUCCUCAUUACACCCUCGAGCCCAGCGCCAGAAGAGCCCGCUCAAGCCCUUAGCAACCUAGAGCCAGAAAAGCCUGUUGCCCCUCAUCGCGACUCAGAGCAAGAAACACCUGUCACUAGCAGCGAAGUCAAAGAAUCCGAUUACGAUUCUGUUAUUAAGAACUUUGAGGUCCAUUCAAAGCCCAAGGUAUUCCAUAAAAACUCUGCUACAAUUUCCCCCUUUUCCCAGCCGCCCGAUAUGCCUGAGGACAACCUCAACCCUACACUCCAGCAGCUAAUGGCUGAGAUCGCCUCCCUAAAGGCCCAAGUCAGCGCUGGAACCCACAAUGACAACGACCGCCGCUCUCGCGAGAUCACACCCGCGAACAGUGCCUUUGGCGGCACCGACUUCAAGCCCACCGGGUUUGCGGCCCUUCCCGCGUUUGUGCCUUUUGGCCAAGACCAGGAUGCCCGCAACCCCCACUAUGAUAAAAAAGCUAGAGAGUCCCGACACGAACCUGGCAUGUUCGCCAGAGAAAAGGACCUCUUUAACAAAUAG